AUGAGAAAAACUCAAGUGGUUGUGAGAAGGGACGACCAGAGCACGGCGAAUUCUUCCUACGCCGUGAGGGCCGUCCGGUACGGCGAGUGUCAGAAGAAUCACGCUGCCGGCGUCGGAGGGUACGCCGUCGACGGCUGCCGGGAGUUCAUGCCGUGCGGGGAGGACGGCACCGCCGGCGCACUCACCUGUGCUGCCUGCGGCUGCCACCGGAACUUCCACCGCCGCAGGGUCGAGGCCGAGGCAUCCGCCGCCGCCGGCGGCGGAUCUUACGCGGCGGAGAACGGAAGAAGCACGUGA